AUGCAUCGAAUGAUGAAAGAAGAAUCAAGUUUCAGGACAAGCAGCCUGGAAAAUGUGACGCAGGACCCAAGCAAAGAAAAGCUGCACAUGAAGCUCUGCAGUGGGUCCUGCCAUGCUGAGCAAAUCCUCCAGACACUGAACUCCUACCGGCAGAGCGGCAUCUUCACAGACGUGGUGCUAUUAAUUGACGGACAAGAAUUCCCCUGUCACCGUGCCACUUUGUCAGCCAACAGCACGUAUUUCCGGGCCAUGUUUGGUGGCAGUCUCAAGGAAGGCCACCAGGAUAUCAUUAAUAUCCAGAAAAUUUCUGCUUCCACUAUGUCUCUCCUUCUUGACUAUAUGUAUGGGGGAAACAUCAUCAUUCAAGAGGACAAUGUUGAAGGCAUCUUGGAGCUGUCUGACUUGCUGCAGAUCUCCAAGCUCAGAGAUGCUUGUGUCACCUUCCUUGAAGGCCAGCUUCACCCAUGCAAUUGUUUGGGCAUCAUGAAGUUUGCCGAUUCAUUCUCCAUCGUGUCCCUGACAGAAAAGAGCAAGAGGUUCAUGCUGGAGUGUUUUGUGGAGGUGUCGUGUCAUGAAGAGUUCCUGGAGAUGGGUGUGAAGGAGCUGAUUGAAUACCUGUCCGAUGAGCAGCUGGUGGUCCCCAAGGAGGAAGUGGUCUUUGAAGCAGUCAUGCGCUGGGUACGGCAUGACGUACCUGCCAGGAAGGGAGCCCUGAAGGAGCUCCUUGAGCAUGUGCGUCUGCCCCUGCUCGACCCCACCUACUUCCUGGAGAAGGUGGAAAUGGAUGGACUCAUUCAGGACUCAAAGGAGUGCAUUCCUCUCCUGCAUGAGGCCCGCAAGUACUACAUCCUCGGGAACGAGGUCAGCUCUUUGCGAUCAAGGCCCAGAAGGUUCAUGGAGCUGGCAGAAGUCAUCAUCGUCAUUGGGGGCUGUGAUAAGAAAGGCCUUCUGAAGCUGCCCUUCACAGACCUCUACCACCCAAAAAGCAGGCAGUGGACAGCUCUCUCCAGCGUGCCUGGCUACACCAAGUCAGAGUUUGCUGCCUGCACACUGAAGAAUGAUGUGUAUAUAUCAGGAGGACACAUCAGCAGCAAUGAUGUUUGGGUGCUGAGCUCCCAGCUGAACGUCUGGAUUAAGGUUGCUUGUCUGCAGAAAGGCCGAUGGAGGCACAAAAUGGCAACACUUCAGGGCAAGAUCUAUGCUGUGGGAGGCUUUGAUGGUUUUUACCGCCUCUCCAGUGUGGAGUGCUAUGACACCUUCUCCAACAGCUGGUCAACCUUGGCCCCGCUGCCUCAAGCCGUGAGCUCGGCGGCUGUGGUCUCCUGCCUGAACAAGCUCUAUGUGCUGGGCGGUGCUGUGGAUGACACCGCUAACACUGACAAGGUCCAGUGUUACGACCCAGAGGACAACAAGUGGACGCUCUUGUCUCCCACCCCUUUUUACCAGAGAUGCAUCAGUGCCGUCUGCUUGGACAACAUAAUUUAUGUUGUAGGUGGACUCCUCAGUAAAAUCUUCAGCUAUGAUCCAAGGAAAGACAGCUGGCGAGAAGUGGCCACCCUCCCUGGGCCUCUGGAGAGCUGUGGCCUGACGGUGUGUGGAGGGAAGAUUUACAUCCUGGGUGGCCGAGACGAGAACGGGGAAGGAACGGACAAAGCGUUCACUUUUGACCCAGUAACAGGGAGCGUGGAACAGCAGCCGCCGCUGCAGCGCUGUACCAGUUAUCACGGCUGCGUGACCAUCCUGCAGCGCAUGAACAGAUGA